AUGUGUGACAAGGAUGAGAAGCGUUCGGUGCCAGCGAACUGUUCCCAGUACGAGGUCUGCAUCGAUGGCCACUGGCGGCGACGCACUUGCUCCGACCAGCGGUACUACAAUCCAGAGCAGCAGCGCUGCUUGGAGCCCCGGGAUGACAUGGUCUGCGCCUUCGCCAGGGUAUCGAAUCUACCGGUCUGCAGCAACUUCACCGAAUCCCAGAUAGUUGUGGCCAAGAGUGGCAGCUGCCUGCAGUACUUCCGUUGCUCCGGUGGCAAGUGGCGUUUGCGAAACUGCCCCAAACAGCACUACUUCUCAGCUAUGAUAGGCUCCUGUCUGCCCUUGCCCAAGGGCCUUGAGCAGGAUAAGAAUCAAACCAUUUGCGGUUGGGCGAGAAGCCAGACAGCUGGCAAUUUCUCCCAGCUCUGCCAGCACCUGGCAGUGCGUCCUUCGUCGGCCGGAGGCUGUCACAGCUACCUCAUGUGUCUGGACAACUCCUGGUGGCUCCAGCAGUGUCCUUUGGGCAUGUACUUUAGCCGGGAGCACAACUACUGUCUGCCCAACGAUGCCGGGCAGUGUUCCCUGCCGACGGAGCAGAGUGGGGGCAACUGCUCCAGUGGAAGCAGUAGAUCCUUGGUGGCCAGUUGCCACAGCUAUGAGCUCUGCUCCGGUGGCCAGUGGAUUAGGAAGCGCUGCCAGGAACGGGAGCAGUUCGAGCCCAUGCUUGGAUGUGUGCCCAGCGAUGGAAGUUGCCAGGACAAUGGGAUGAGGCGCAUCUGUGCGGAGGGCGAACUGCGAGCGCAGUUCGGGAACAACUGUUCCCAGUCGUUCCUCUACUGCGAGGCGGAGGAGUGGCAUCUGGGUAGCUGCCUGAGGGGGCACAGUUUCGCGGCCAGUCUCAACAAGUGCCAGUUGCAGUCACAAUGCCAACUGAAGACGAAGGAUCUCGCCACGGAGAACCAGUGCCUGGGUCAAUUGGAUGGUCUUAGUGUUUCCGACCCCACGGACUGCACAAAGUUUUACAUAUGUCUGCAGCAAGUGCCCGCUUUUCCGCAGAGCUGCUCCUCGGGCAGCUUCUUCGACUCCAACCAAGGAUACUGUCGUCCGAACGAUGGCUCCUGCCAGCUGGCCCUUUGCUCGGGCUUGGAUGGCAAGUUGGUGGCUCAUCCGGAUGAUUGCCGCUCCUACUACAGCUGCUCCAGCCAGAAUGGAACCAGCCUGAUGCAAUGUGACGAGGGUCAGUACUUCCACAGCCUGCUCUCGAUUUGCCGCGCGGAUCACGGUCAGUGUCGCUCGGCCAACAAUCAGGACGACUCGGGAACAGCACCCAGGCUGUGCUCCGGUCUCCAUGGAGUAAAAAUUCCACACGAGCUCUACUGCAACCUGUACUACGCCUGCGUCAAGGGAUUAGCCGUACCUGUGGAGUGUCCGGCACAGCACCAAUUCAAUCCGGUGCUAUCCAUCUGCGAGCCGGAGUCCCAGGCCGUCCAACUGUGUCCCAAUGGUCAGCUGCAGGGAAAUGUCAGCUAUGUCUAUAGCUGUGGAAACCUUCAGGAUGGCAGCUUCCUGGCCAAUCGGACUGACUGCACCCGCUACUUUAUCUGCGUCGGAGGAAGGGCCACGGCGCAGCAAUGUGCUGCGGGAACCUUCUUUGAUUCGGAGCAACUACUCUGCCUGGCGGACGAUGGCUCCUGCCCGCUGGUGGUACCAGUUCCCGACGAUGGUGACGACCCAAACAACCAGCAUGUGCCCCCAGAUCCGCUGGUUUGCGAGGGCAAACAUGGAUAUAUUAUGCCCGAUCCGGCCAACUGCAAUAACUUUUAUCUGUGCGUUUCUGGGAAACUCCGCCAUGAGCUGUGCUACACGAACUACUUCUUUAACGCCACACUGGAGCAGUGCCAGGCCUAUGAGGUCAGUUCAGAUGGAGAUAGCCGGACAGAGAAACCUGUGGAGUCCCAACAGACGGAGCUUGGUGUCCAGGAAAGGGCUGCAACAAGCGGAAUCUGCAAGGAUGCGGCCACUUCCUUUGCCGGAAUAUGUGGGGUCAUCGGAAACGGUGCCUUCGUGGCGGAGCAGGGUGAUUGUAGGCGGUACACCAGCUGCGACGACGAUGAACCCGUCUCCCAGCGAUGUCGCAAUGGUGAAAGUUUCGACAGCCUUUUGGGAAUCUGCCGGCAAAACGAUGGAACCUGUCUCAUGGAGAAUGGCGAACGAGUGGGGGUCUGCAACGGCAAACAUGGUCAGCUGGCCCGGGAUGCAGACAACUGCCGCGGAUACUUCACCUGCGUCCAUGGCCAAAAGAUCGAGGGAUCGUGCUCCCAGGGAGAGUUCUUCAAUAGAUUGACCAGCAGCUGCGAACUGGAUGUCCUGCAGCAGUGCAAAAGCGAUGCAGACGACGUGAUCAGCGGUGCACUUUCGAUCUGA